AUGGCUCUGAUGUUUCAUGAAAUAUGUUUAGUUUCGUGUUUGUUGUUGACGUUGUUUCCACUUCCCAGGAGUGUUUCAAAACUUUUUAAUUCGACUGACAUUACUGAUAGCCUAAUGGCUAAAGACGCCUGGUUUGGCCUAGCGGAGACAUGGUUCGACUGCACGGAUAUACCGAGUUCGAAGAACUUCCUGCUAACGACAUCCACCUCGUCAAACUCCAACUCAAAGAAAACUUCGACGUCAUCAACGGCGCCGACGACUACGUCAAUGAUGACGUCAUCUGACUGCGACCUGAAAACGCCAUUUUCCGAAGAUGGCAGCUACCUGCAGCCUGACUUUGCUGACGUCACGAAUUAUUUGCAGAUCAACAACAACAUCAACAGCAGCAACAACAACAAUACACUACAAUCACUACAAUAA